CAUACUCAUAAACAAACAUUGGAUAGACGGGGACAUCUGAUUGGCUGACGAACUCAGUACCGCUCCGCCUCAUAGAGUGACCGGACGUCAAGAUUGCUUACAAUUUAGUGCCGACAGAAAUAGAAUUCUCACAAUGUCUUGGACAAAUGAUGUUGUUCUAGAGUUUUUGGAACUGUAUCGAAGAGAACAGCAUCUAUGGGAUCCAAAACAUCCGCAUCACCGUAAUAGAGGUGAAGUUAAUAACGCCUGGGUGAGAAUACAAUCGUCGCUAAGUAUAAAUUGCGCGAUCACCGACCUUAAAAAGAAAAAGGAAUCACUGAUGACUUCGUUUAGAAUGCAUUUUAAUAAAAAGAAGAAAUGCCAGGAGGCUUAUCAUACGACGUGGUUCGCAUAUCCUCUAAUGGAAAGUUUUUUGAGCGGGAAAUAUGAAUGUGAUAGCACGAAUCAAAUGGAACACGAGUUCUUCAACAACGUUGAGGUGUUUUCACAUCCAACACCACCCUUACCAGACAACACCACCCAAGCCAUGGGCUUAGUAGAUAGAAACAUGGGUCGUCCCACCAAGCCAGUCUCGUCUAUUACUAAAAGCACCAUGUCUUAUGCGAAAAAGGUUGAUAAUCCAGUGGCCACGUUUAAUACUGGGGAGAAAAGGGAUAUGGACGAGUAUGACUUGUACGGUCAGCUUUUAGCUAAGAAGUUGAGGAAACUAGACGAGCAUCAGCGUGACGUAGCAAUGCAUGAGAUAGACAAUAUCAUGUUUCGCGCCAAAAUGCAGAGUAGCAACACGCAGAGAAGUUAUUCCUCGUCGCCGUCGCCCGUGCCGAGGAAAGUGAGGUCACCUAUAUUCAUAGUAGCCCAACAGACACAUCAGCAGUACGAAGAUGAAAACACCCCGUUUCAGGAGCACAUGCAACCACAGCCACCGUCUUAGAUAAUGGUGUUUUUGUAUUGGGCUAUCAGAAUAUUCACAAAUUGCGUUCCGUGUAUUUUACCGCGGAAUGCAAAAAUUGGACGUAUAAUAUUUUGCUGAGCUACUGACAGCGCGAUUCGCGUCGAUAGGGUUGUUCAAACACUUGAUGCGAUUGAAUAUAUUAUACGAUUAGGUACUUGCUUUAAAAAUGUAGGUAUUUAACAAACUUCGCGCUGAGGUUUGUUCCAGGAAAAUGUGUGAGGCGAGUUUUCCCCAAAAGUGAUAUGUUUAGCUAUAACCAUUGAAUGGAAAUUUAAACUGUGAUUUAAAUAUUAGCCGGAACGGACUCCAUUCUAACUAUCCCGAGCACAUGACUAUGAUUUCAUUAGCACUACAGAAUCCGAUUUUUUCUGAGAAAUAUUUGCGUUUCCCUCGCUUCUUUUCUUUCUUGUUUUCAACACACCCUGAAUAACUGA